CUACGGAUUCGACUUUUUAUUAGCACCACGCAAUUUAACCGAUUGUACACUGCCAACAAAGAUCACACCUAAAAGACACGACCGAGCUACAAAACAACGUAAAGUCUCAGCGGCGUUGUUGACGGUGCUAAAGUGUGGACCCUCGCCUGAAAAUUUGCAUUGAAGCCAAUCUUAGGUGUGCGCCGUUGUCUAUUUAAGUGUACACCCCGGGCCAAUCCGGCUAUCGGCAAGGAAGUUCUGUGGCAGUACUCUUGUGCUGCAUCUAACACAGCGCAAAAUGCAUCUUGGUGCCCAGAAGCUAGCACUGAAGCAAAAAGAAGCAAAGUUGGCAGCCGCUUUUCCCAAGGGAAUACGGUGUCAAAAAUGUCUUGAAUUCGGCCACUGGAGCUACGAGUGCAAGGGCAAACGCAAGUAUCUGCACCGGUCAUCGCGAACGCAAGUGUUGAAAAGUAACUUGACUAAACUUCGCGCAAAAAAUGGCGAGAGCAACGAAAGUCAAUCGGAUCCGGCGGUGAAGAAGAAAACCGAUGAGGACAAGAACCAUUCCAGUGCGAACUCCGGUUCCUCAAGCAGUAGCGAUAGCAGCAGAAGUAGCAGCAGCAGCAGCAGCAGCAGCAGCAGCAGCAGUAGUAGCAGUAGCAAUGAUAGCGACAGCAGCGAUAGCGACUCAAGUAGCAGCACCAGCAGCAGCUCUUCGAGCACUAGCAGCUCAAGCGGAAGCUCUAGCAGCAGUAGUGCAGGUUCUUCCGAGGACGAAGCAAAAGUAAGCAAAAGAAAGAACCUGGUAAGCGAGAAAGAUAAGGCUCUUAACGGACAGGAAGUAAAUAUCGGAAGCUUGACGAAAACAAAACAUGGAAAACCGAAAGACAGAAAAGGUAACAGAAAAGGUGGUGGCAAUAACGUAAGUGACCGUUCCGAGAGCGGCACGGAAGGACCCUCACAAUCUAAUGACGAACGGAAGAAAAGAAAGCGUCGCAAAGAAGGUGACUAAGGGCUGAGUUCAGAAUCUUGCCGACCCUACUUCAUGCAUCGCUAACCAUCGCUUUCGCCAAUCGCGGGUGUUCUACACGGAAGUUCCACACAACCUUAGGCCCUUCCCGCAACUAACUUACGCCCAUCAGCGAAGGUCUCUUUAUGCCCCCUAUCGGAAAAGAAGAAGCAAGCACACAUUUAUUCGUAAAAGUAAUCGUCUAACUUGUACAUAUUGAUAAUGAGAAAAGUGAAACGCGCAAAAUAAUCAGAAAACGUAAAUAAACCAUACAU